AUGCCUUCUCGCCCACUCGCAAUGAAGUCUAUUCUUGCCGGCCUCCUCGCUUUUGGUCUUCUCGUUCACGCGGCACCCGCUGACGUGCCGACGGAGAACAAGACGGUCCAGCAACCGGGCAUCUUGCAGCUUCCACUCGUUCCCAUUGCACGCAAGAGUCGACGUGUCGAGCCUCCCAUCCUCCUCGACACCGCCGAGGAGGAAGAAACGGCGAAUACGACAGUCAAAAAGCGCCAGGUGGAGGGAAAACUCUAUCCGGACCUGACUCAGAUAUACUACGCCGUCGCGCUGUCCAUCGGCACACCUCCCCAGAGGGUGCUUGCCGACAUCGACACGGCCUCGUCCCUCACCUGGGUCUUUGACAGCUCCGGGACGUCUCGGAACUCUGUCGAUCCCGAUUUUGUCUUCGAUAAGCUGCGCAGCCAGACUCUUGUCCCCGUCGGCCAGCAGACGACCCAGAGAUAUGGUGGUGGAUAUUGGUUCGUCACGGCGAACGCCUACAUGGAUGAAAUCGCCCUCGGCCGUACGUCCGCAUCCUCCCCUUUACCUCUCCUGUUUUCUAAUCCCAUUUCCGGUCCCGUAGCGGCCGCGCUCGGUUCCAUGAAGUUCGGCAUCGCCGCCCAGCAAGACUCCAACAUGGACAGGCCCCUCGUCGGCCUUGCCUUUCCUCACGACAGCGAACGACCCGACUUCAUCCUCGACAGAAUGGUCGACAGAGGCGUCAUUAACAGCCGGGCCUUUAGCGUAUACAUCAGCGAUCAGAGGAUCCGAACGGGCUCCAUCCUCUUCGGCGGCAUUGACAGAACCAUGUAUACCGGGGCGCUGCAGAGGGUGCCCAUGAUUCCGUCCCCCCUGAGUCGAAAGGGUCGUUUUACCCGGCCAACGGUUCAGAUGUCGCGGCUCUCCAUCCUGGAGCCGACUGGAUCCGGCGCCGUCAUAUUCGACAAGGGACAAGGGCCACCGUCUGCGCAGUUCCAGAACCCGUACAUCACGAGCGAAGGAAUCGGCUUCGUCAUCGACACAGGCGCUCCCAUGUGCUACUUUCCACCCCACAUCCUCGCCAACGUCCUUGUCCAAUUCCCCAACGCGCACAAGAACGGAGAGCACUUUCAGGUCGACUGCUCCCUUCGCCAUGACCCUCGCGUCCUCAAGUUUGAGUUUGGAGCACAUGCUACCAUCCAUGUGCCGAUGAAGGAUUUCGUUUGGCAGUCGCAGGACCAAUCAUGCUGGCUCGGGGCUACCGAGGCACCCGGGAAAACGCCGCAGCUCGGCAUCUCGUUCCUGCGGUCAGCCUACGUCACUUUCGACUAUGACAACCUCGCCGUGCACAUGGCCCAGAGCGUUGGCUGCGUCACGGGAGCUUCUGGUCUCGUCGCCAUCGACAAGGGGCCCGGUGCCGUGCCAGCGGUCGACGGCCUGUGCUGA